GCCCCCCUCCCCUUCCCAUUCGGCUUCGGCUCGGUCCUCCGCUCCGCGACGCCGCGAUUCCCCUCCUCGCCUCCGGUCCCUGGUCUCCGGUCUCCGACCCCCACGAGAUGGCCGAGAUCGAGAUAAAAACAGCACCUGCUGAUUUCCGCUUUCCUACAACAAACCAAACCAGACACUGUUUCACACGCUAUAUUGAGUACCACAGAUGUGUGAAUGCCAAAGGGGAAGCAACUGCUGACUGUGAGAAAUUUGCCAAGUACUACCGGUCUCUCUGCCCAGCAGAAUGGGUUGAGAAGUGGAACGAACAGAGGGAGAAUGGGACAUUUGCCGGACCACUCUAAGUCUCCUGUUUGAGAGUCUUCUCGUCGGUGGCACUGCUAUCUUCUGGUUUGGAUUUAUGCCGCUGCUUUUGUUCUCCAAGCUGUUGCCAAAAAAACAAAGAUCAUUCUAUGAAUGUUGCACUAAUAAUUUAGCAUGGUUGCUUGACAUGUUAUUUCUUCAGAUCCGUUUGUUUUCCUUGAUAUUCAAAUAUAAACAAAUUUGACACCGCGUUGUUUAA